CAUGUGGAGGACAACCUGGUGUUUGCUUCUUCUGGCCACGACAUGUAGGCAAAGCGACCAAACCAAAGUCAGUGAGGAUUCUCAAAGCCCAGGGCACAUCUCUGUGGUUAUCGUGGGUAGCACAGGUGACCUAGCCAAAAAAUACCUUUGGCAUGGAUUUUUCCAUCUUUAUGCUAGUCAGGUAGACAAAGGCUACACCUUCUCGUUCUAUGGAGGGGGUCUUUCCCCGGCUGAGAAUGGUACUCAGCUGCUGUUUGAGAUCCUGAAGGGACUGAAGUGUCCAUCAGAACUCACUGCAGAGCGCUGUGCACUGGUUAAGGAACAGUUCCUGCGUCUAUCACAGUACCUGCAGCUAAAGAGCAAGGAGGACUAUGAGAAGCUCAGUGAGCAGAUCCAGCAGCAGUUGAAGCAGGAAGGAAUGACUGAAGCAGGAAGGUUGUUUUACAUGUCUGUUCCAGCCUUUGCCUACGCUGACAUAGCAGAUAAGAUCAACAGCACUUGUCGGCCCCCGGCAGGAGCCUGGCUCAGAGUUGUUCUGGAGAAGCCGUUUGGCCACGAUUUCAGCAGUGCCCAGCUCCUCGCUAGUCAACUGGCCAGUUUUCUAAAAGAGAAGGAGAUGUACAGGAUUGAUCACUACUUAGGAAAGCAGGUCGUCUCCCAGAUGCUACCAUUCAGAAAAAAGAAUCAUAAACUUCUGGAUCCCAUUUGGAACAAGAACCACAUUGAAAGAAUAGAGAUUGUGGUGAAAGAAACGCUGGAUUGCAAAGGCCGGAUCCAGUUUUAUGAUCAAUACGGAGUCAUCAGAGACAUGCUCCAGAACCACCUCACAGAAAUCAUGACUCUUUUAAUGAUGAAUAUACCUGAUAAACUCUCCAACAGUAACAGUAUCCUUCAAAACAAGCUGAAGGUCUUCGAUUGGCUUGAGCCGCUUGACAGAAACAGUGUGGUUAUAGGUCAGUACCUGGAUUAUACUGCAGAGGUCCAGAAGGAACUUAACAAAACUAAGGAUCACUUCAGCUUCACCCCUACUUUUGCUGGUGUGGUCAUCACUGGUGACUCUCCCCAAUACGAUGGCAUUCCCAUAUUCAUGUCAUCGGGUAAAAUGCUCGAAGAACGUGUUGGAUAUGCUCGCAUUGUUUUUAAAAAUGAUAUAUUUUGCCUUCAGGACUACAACAGCAUCCAUUGCAAGCCCAAACAGAUUGUAUUCUAUCUGGGGCAUGGAGAACUCCAGCAGCCUGCAAUUCUUGUCAGCAAAAACUUGUUUAAACCAGCUCUGGUACACAGUGAUUGGAAAGAAGUUACUGAGCAUAAAGACCUUUCUGUGCUGGGGUCACCACUCUCCGACUAUUACGUCCAGUCUCCAGUAGUGACGACAGAGGCUUAUUACACACUCAUUUCUAAUAUAUUCCAUGCACGUAAGGACAGCUUCAUCAGCACCGAGAACCUCAUGGCAUCAUGGGCUUUCUGGACACCACUGUUAGAAAGCCUGUUCAGGGCUGUUCCUCGGUUUUACCCUGGUGGAAAUGCCAACGGUGACCUAUUAAACUUCAAGCUGCAAGGUCGGAAGGUUGCUUUCAUUAGUGAGGAGGAGGUUAAUGUGAUUCAGCAAAGUCCAGAGGAGAACUUUCAGGUCAUGCAAGGGAAGUUCCGCAGCGCUGAAAUGGUGUCGGCCUGGUCCAAGGAGCUGGUGGAACGCUUGGCCUCCGACCUGCUUAACAUAGCGGAGGAGGUCGUUCAGAGUGAAGGUCAGUUCCAUCUGGCCUUGUCAGGUGGCUCCAGUCCCAUUUCACUGUUUCUUGAGCUGGCUUCGCACCACUAUACCUUUCCAUGGAGUCAGACUCAUGUAUGGCUGGCUGAUGAACGCUGCGUGCCACCAACUGAGAUGGACUCGAACUUUAAUUCCAUUUACAGCCAUUUGCUGCAGCAUAUCCGCAUUCCUUACUUCAACAUCCAUCCUAUGCCAGUGCAGCUCAACCAGCGCUUGUGUGUAGAGGAAGAUGGAGGCGCACUGAUUUAUGAAAAGGAAAUAAGCAGACUGGUUAACGGCUCCAGGUUCCAUUAUAUACUGCUAGGUGUAGGUGAGGAUGGCCACACUGCUUCACUGUUCCAGGACACGAAACUGGACGAUAGUGAGGAAAGACUGGUGACCUUGACCGAAAGUCCAGUUAAACCCCACCAGCGUAUGAGCCUUACUUUCAGUGCCAUUAACAAAGCAAACAGGGUUGGUAUUUUAGUGAUGGGGAAGAGAAAACACGAGCUUGUUGUUCAGCUCAGUAGAAUUAAGGGUAAAACAGAAAGGUACCCAGUCACAAGUGUACAGCCAAAAAAUGGAACUCUAACAUGGUAUUUAGAUUAUGAUGCACUUUUAGGAUGAAAAGGAUGCUAGGCUGGAAAUUAGGAAAUAUUUCAAAUGAUUGAUUUAAAGAAAAAUUUAUAUAAACACACACAAGGAAAACAUUGGGGGCAAGACACGAGUACUCUGGACAGGGUGGCAGUCUAUCACAGGGCUUCAGCCAUCCGCCCAACAGACAUAGCCAUUCAUGUCUGUUUAGAUGCCUGGCCGGCUGAUAGCACUGCUGAGAUCUGAACCCCGACCUCAGCAGCAGUGGGCUAGCAUAACAGACCACUGAGCCUCUCAAGUACCCCCCCUAUACAUACACACACACACAUUUAUCAGAUUUCAGGGAUGUUUUGUAGCUGUUCGGUUAGGUUGCAAGGGAAAUUUACUGUGAAUUUGUAAAUUAAAUAGUCUUUUUUGCACUUAAUUACUAAAAAGAUUAAAGAAAUAUAAUUUUUUAAAAUAAAGUUGGGUACAAUAUAUGCUGUAUUUAGGUUAAAAAGGUUAUAAAAGGUUAUUUCUGCCUUAUAAGAUUGGUAGUGGCACCCAGAAAUGACACAGAAGUGUGGCAUAUACUUUAGCACUAUGAGCUUAUUACUAUACUGUAAUAGCUCAAUCAUUCACACACACUGUAUGGUUAAAAUAUAUGUUCACACCCAUUCUAUAGUAACAGGUGUAUGAAGUCAAUUACAUAAAAUUAAUUUUAUGCAGGCCGCUUAGGUGGCGCAGCGGUAAAACGCGCUAGCACACCAGAGCUGACAUUUUGAACUUGUCGAUUCGAAACUCAGCUCUGCCAUCUGGCUGGCUGGGCGGCUGCACGAACAACAAUUGGCUUGUUGAUGCAGUUAUGACCUCUGCUGGCUGAUUGACCUGCACAGAGUCGAGGGAUAAUGCGUUGAUCAGGGUGUGGCUCUCUGGACACAAAGCUUAACUCGCCUUGUGCAGGUGAAAAAAUGCAAUUGGAUAUGACUAGAUUGGGAGGAAAUUGCAAAAAAAUAAAAUAAAAUAAAAAUAAUACAUUUUAUGCUUCCAACUCCUUUUUAACCAGGUGUGUGCACAAAGUGAAGUCCAUACAGUCAUUUUUUGAGUUAACUGUGACCUGUGGUGCUAAUGUGCUGGUGUGUAGAUGCUUGAGGGCCUAGACAGUUUGACACAUUUGCUGGGACCAUGAUGUCUGGUCAUCAGUCCAUGAACUGAAGUUCAAUUAUAAGAAGAAGCAACAAAUGCAGCUAAAGAUUAAGGUAGGAAUUACUUUUUCACAGAGGGCCAGUUGGUUUUGAAUGUAUCAUUGUUUUUUUUUUUAUUGUUUUUUUUAACUUAUAAUUACAUACUUUUUGUUAAUAUUUGGAUAUUUGGAGUUAAAAUCUGUUUGUACAUUUGGAGAUGUAUGUACUUGGAACAUAUGAAAUAACAAAAACAAAAGUGGUUGAUUAUUGUUGGUUACCCUUGAUUACAGUUGUAGCUAAAGGUAGGUUUCUGGCAGCACUGCCUUGGCUUUAAAGGCAAACAUUCCAAACAUGCCCAUAAUGUAGCAGGUAUAUUCAAGAUACAUUCCUUAGAAAAAGUGCCUUAUCAUUGCUGGUUUUGUUACUCGUGUUUAAGGACCUGUUUACACCACACAAAUGCCUUAAUGUUUUCAUUAAUUAAAUGAUAAACUAUCCAAUUUAUUUUAAACCUGAGAGUAAAAAUAAAUCUUUGUUGACAACUUGGGUGAGAAGGGAGAAAGUUUAAAUGUUUGAAUGUUGUGGUUUAAAUGUUACACAGAUGACUAUCCAUUACAGUGGUGCAAAAUAUGAAAAAGGAAAAAUAAAUUUUAUAUGAAUGA